GCUUGGAAAUUUGUAAGUACCCGAUCACUUUGUUGAGAAAGGAAGUUUCCUUGAAAUUUCCUUUCACUUUCUGGGUGGAAAACAUUUGUCAUAUCACUUUUAUAGUACAUUGGCUCUACCAGACCCACUGGCUCUACCACCCACAGAAGAAAGUAGAAAGCGUGGUCACUACCUCUCUCUGUUUUUUUGGGUGGGUUUUGGUUGGAUUGGUUCUUGUGGUUGUUUUCUUGCCAAUUCUCUGGCUUUGUGAUUUGUUAAUUUGUUGUUCUGCUGAGCUAUUGUUCGAGUUGGUGUGUUUCACUUUCAUUGAUCUCGAGUUUGUUUUGCUGGAUCAUUUUCUCUUUACGUAUUUACUGAGUGUUUGCAGAACCAGAUUUCCAGGAACUGUUUUUCUCCCAUGGCCUUGAGCACCCACAGAGCUUCUACAUCUCGUACUUCAGCUGAAUGGGCUCCUCCUCGAUGGAAGCAUGAUGUUUUUCUGAGUUUCAGGGGCGAAGACACUCGCAAGGGUUUUAUCUCUCAUUUAGACCAUGCAUUGGCCUACUGGCAAGCAAUGAGAACUUUCAAGGACGAUCGAGAACUUGAAGUAGGAGCAACUAUUUCUCUGGAGCUGUUGAUCGCAAUCAAAGAAUCGUAUCUUGCCAUCAUUGUUCUCUCCCCAAAUUACGCUUCUUCCACUUGGUGCUUGAAUGAACUCUCAGAGAUUCUUGAAUGCAUGGAAGACACCAAGAGAAUUCUGCCAAUCUUUUAUGACGUGGAUCCUUCCGAUGUACGAAACCAAAGGGGGAGUUUUGCGAAAGCUUUCACUGAGCAUGAAGAAAGGUUUAGUGGAGAUGCAGAGAAGCUGAAUCGGUGGAGAGCCGCUUUAAGAAAUGUUGCCAAUCUCGCUGGCUUAGAUUCAAAAAAUUAUAAGUCAGAAGCAGAGCUUAUCGAAGACAUUGUCAAACGUGUGUGGAAGAAAGUGAAUCCUACAGUCACGUUGUUAGAUUCUCAAGAGAAGUUAGUCGGAAUUGAUUCUGCACUUGAUCAACUACACUUGCAUUUAGCUCCCGAAGAAAAUGAUGUCCGCUUUAUAGGGAUAUGGGGGAUGGGCGGGGUAGGCAAAACAACCCUUGCUAAAUUAGUUUUUGAGAGAAUUUCCCAUCAUUUCGAGCAUCGCUCUUUUCUACCUAAUGUGAGAAAGGGAGAGGUUUCUGGUCUAGGAAGACAGCUGCUUUCCUCAAUCUUGAAGGAAAAUUAUAUCCCAGGUUGGGAUGAAGGGGAGGGAAUCCUUAAGAACUGUUUAUUGAAUAAAAAGGUUCUUCUCGUGCUUGAUGAUGUGGAUCAACUAAACCAACUAGAAAAACUGGUUGGAAAUAAAAAAUGGUUCGGUGUGGGGAGUAGAAUUAUCAUCACAACUAGAAAUGAACGCCUACUAGUUGAGCAUGGUAUAGAGAAAAUGUACAAGGUCGUGGUCUUAAAGAAUGAUGAAGCUCUUGGGCUCUUUAGUCGACAUGCCUUUAAGAAAGAUCAGCCUGAGGAAGGUUUUCAGGAACUGUCUCAGCAUUUCCUAAAUUAUGCCAACGGCCUUCCAUUAGCUCUUAAAAUUUUGGGGCGUGCUUUGUAUGGGAGAGGUCAAGAUGUAUGGAAGAGUGCGUUGUAUAAUCUAAACAAAAUUCCUGAUCCAGAUAUUUUUGAUUCACUCAAAGUAAGUUAUGAUGGACUAAAAGAGAUGGAGAAGAAAAUUUUUCUGCAUGUUGCGUGUCUCCAUACAGGGAAGGAUAAAGAGCAAGUAAUUGAAAUACUAGACUGUACCCUUGACAUUUCCAGUCAUAUUGAAAUAGAUAUUCUUAUUGAGAAAUCUCUCUUAACUAUUGACAAACGCUUUCAUAGCAACAUUGUUGAGAUGCAUGAUUUGAUACAAGAAAUGGCAAGGACAAUUGUUCGUGAAGAGUCUCCCAAAGAGCCUGGUAAAAGGAGUAUUUUAUGCCAUCACGAGGACAUUUUUCAUGUAUUGAUGAACAAUACGGGAACGGGAGCAAUUGAAGCCAUAGUCCUACGUCUGCCCAAAUUUAAAGCAGUGCCCUGGAAUUGUACUAAAGCCUUCAAUAAGAUGCACGGGUUAAGGCUCCUUGACUUUGAUAAUGUGGUGUUUUCUUCGGGCCCUAAAUUUCUUCCAAAUUCCUUAAUAAUUAUGCAUUGGACUUCGUAUCCUUCCAAAUCGCUCCCAUCAGGUUUCGAACCACAGUUGCUUUAUGAACUAAAAAUGAGGGAUAGCAAACUUGUCCGGCUUUGGGAUGGAGCACAGGAUUUACCGAAUUUGAAAUAUAUGGAUCUUGGUCUCUCUGAAAAUUUGACCAGUAUCCCAGAUUUUACACGCAUUCCAAAUCUUGAGGAAUUGAAUCUGGCUUAUUGUAUGAAAUUAGGCGAGGUUCACCCGUCUAUUGCAGUUCACAAAAAGCUGAAGGUUUUAACUCUUACUUGUUGUUUUAGUAUCAAGAGUCUCCCAAGUAAGUUGGAAAUGGAUUCUCUUGAAUCCUUUUGUCUUUGGGGCUGCUCAAAAGUGAAAAAGAUACCAGAAUUUGGGGAACAUAUGCAGAACCUGUCAGAGCUUUUUCUACUUGAUACUGCUAUCGAGAAAAUACCUUCAUCAAUUGAACAUCUAGUUGGCCUUGCUAAAUUGAAUGUAAGUGGUUGCAAAAGACUCUUGGGUCUGCCGAGUGCGAUAUGCAAUUUGAAGUCUCUUAAAAUCCUCUAUGGGUAUGGAUGCUCAAAACUUGACAAACUGCCAGGGGACAUGGAGUCUUAGAGGAACUUUAUUUAAGCGGAAGUGCAAUGAGAGAGCUGCCACGUGUUGCUAUGAAAAAUCUCAAAAACUUACUUGGAAUUAGGAAGAGUGUUGACCCUGACCCUCGGCGUUUGGUGUUGUCUUCUCUAACUCAUUUAGGGUCUUUGACUGAAUUAGAUCUGUGUGAUUAUAAUAUUGGAGAAGGAGCCAUUCCAGAUGAUAUCGGCCGCUUGUCUUCUUUAAAAGGGUUGAAGCUUAGUGGAAACAAUUUCGUUAGCCUUCCCUCAAGCAUUAGAUUCCUUUCUGAGCUUGUGUAUCUUGAAUUGGAGAGGUGCAAAAGGCUUGAGCGAUUGCCAGAUCUUCCGUCAAGUAAAUACUUAUUCGUAAAUGUGAACGACUGUACUUCCUUAAAUGGGUUGUCAGAUCCAUCAAAGUUGAGCGAAGGAGCCAAUGUGUAUGAUUUUGGCUCUAGUUGUGUUAAUUGCUUCAGAUUGGUUGAAGAAGGAGGCUGGAUCUGGAUUAAUAGAAUAUUUGCAAUGAUAUUGACAAUGGCCACCUGUCCUGAUAACAGUUUUUUUGGGCCUUCUCAUACACACCGUUUUGCAUGGCUUUCUUGUACACACCGUUUUGUAUGGCCUGGAAGUGAAAUUCCAGAGUGGUUCGAUAAUCGAAGUGUGGGAGAUUCAAUAAUUGUGGAGCUGCCUCUACCUCCACAAACAUGCAGUGACUGGGUUGGGAUUGCUUUGUGUAUUGUUUUUGAAGAUUCUGAAACAUGCAGUGAGUAUGAUUAUUUAGAAAUUUACACAUCACCUAUGCGUUCAAUGGAUUGGACACCUAUGGGUUCAAUGGAUUGGCCUAAGUUUAAAGUCGGGCAUCUUGGGUCACAGCACCUUUGGGUUUUCUAUUUGCCUCGCGAUAAACCCAGGCUCAAGGACGCCUCAGGCAGUCAUCGGUUUUCAUUCGAAGGGCAUUAUUCUUUAAGCAGAUGGGAUAAUUAUAAACAUCUGAAUACAAGCUCAAUUAUAAAGAAAUGUGGAGCCCGUUUGGUGUACCAGAGAGAUUUGGAAGAAUUCAGCCGAAUUCUGAAAAUCCUUAUGCCAGCAGCACUACAGGCAUCCGAUGACGAGGAGGCAGGUCCAAUUGGUAGUA